AUGACAAGUUCGACUACUUUCUUAUUACUCAAAGCUCAAUCAACUUAUCAUCAUCAACAUUUCUUAUUCUCAGGAUUUCAUUCUCAAUCAAAACAUUCAAAUCAACCAUCAUCACUACCAGAACCACCAGAACCACCACAAGAAGAUCCUGAGAAACCAACUCAUCCUUCUCGAUCAGAAACAUCAGAAUCAAGUUCAUCAUCCCAACCCACUUUCUCACCAACCGAUCAACCUCAAAGACCAUCAAUCCCUUCUAAACCAAAUGAAAUACCAAUCUCCAAGUUCCGAUCCCAACUCACAGAGUUCUCACACAAAAAACUACACCCAUUCCAAACUUUACUGCAGCACCAACUGAAGACGAAAAAACAACAACUUUCCAACGAAUUAUCAUUACUACCUAACAAAUUAUCAAAAUUGACUGGAUAUGGUGAAAUAGAUGAAUUAAAAUUAAUCGUAUCUAAAAAAGAAACCGAUUUGAAAUCCUUUAGACAAAAAGCUUUAGAAAUGAAAAAGUUUUAUAAGAAAGCGGUCGAAUGUAGGUCUGAAAGUGUUAGAGAAGUUAAUGAUUUGUUGGCUCGUAAGGCAAGUUGGUCAGAUGGUGAUCUUGCUAGAUUUACUACUCUUGUUAGAACGGAUCAUUCGAAUGAACAAGAAGAAUUGAAAGCUAAAAACUUAUUAGAAGAAGCUGAAGCCAAAGUCGAUCAAGAAUUCACAGGUCUUAUGCAAGCUAUUCUUAGUAGAUAUCAUGAAGAACAAGUUUGGUCUGAUAAGAUUCGAUCAUUAUCUACCACAUUCUCUUUAUCAAUCACUCUUAUCAACGUUCUUGUCUUUCUAGCUGCAAUUGUUUUGGUUGAACCAUACAAACGUGCCAAAGUAGUCGAAGGAGUCGAGAAUAGAAUCAUGGCGAGGGAUGAAGCUAAAACUGAUUUAAUGGAAGAAGCACUUAAAGAAGUUACCAAACAAUUACAAGAAACUGAUUUAAAGCUUUUAACGGUUUUAGAAAGACUUGAAAAAGAAAGUCAAGUGACAGAAAUUGUAGAAGAAGUGAAAGAAGAACCGAUGAUUGAUUAUAGAUUGAUUGAACCUACUUUUGAAGAAGAAACCAUAGAAAUCGAGACAACCAUAAAUGAUGUUGAUGAAUUUCGAUCCACUAGAAGUAUGAUAGAUCAAGAAGAGGUGAUAGGAAGAGAAGAAAGUGAUGGAUCUAAAGAAGAUGAAAAGAGGGAUGGGUUUGGAAUGAAAAGAUGGUGGGUUAAGAAGUAUGAGGAAUUUCAGUCGGAUCCUGAGUUGAGUAAACAGGUUGAGAUUGGUGCUGGAUUGAGUUUGGCGGUUCUUUUGAUUGGAAUGAUUCAUUUGUAUUCUUCUAAAUGA